AGGGGCGUGCCAUGACUAUUAUCGCUUUCGUGUUGCUCUGUUAAAGGUGCAUCCGCUGUUGCACCCGGACCUAAUGGAUCAACAAAUGUAUUAAGCAUAGGAAAAAACGAGUUUAUUCUGACCAUGGCUCACAGCUUCACUCAAGAAUAUUUCCAGAUUCCUUCUGUUACCAGAGCGUACACUACAGCUUGCGUUUUGACUACAGCAGCGGUGCAAUUGGAGGUAAUCACCCCAUUUCAGCUUUAUUUCAACCCAGACCUUAUUAUUAGAAGAUACCAGAUAUGGCGGCUGAUCACCAACUUCCUCUUUUUCGGCUCACUUGGAUUCAGUUUUUUGUUCAACAUCAUCUUUCUGUAUCGUUAUUGUCGUAUGCUGGAGGAAGGGUCUUUCCGAGGCCGCACUGCAGAUUUCGUAUAUAUGUUCCUGUUUGGGGGUGUCCUCAUGACUCUGUUUGGCCUCUUUGCCAACCUAUUCUUCCUGGGCCAGGCAUUCACCAUCAUGCUGGUGUAUGUGUGGAGUAGAAGGAAUCCUUACAUACGCAUGAACUUCUUCGGCCUUCUGAACUUCCAGGCACCGUUUCUGCCCUGGGUGCUGAUGGGAUUCUCAUUGCUGCUUGGCAAUUCCAUUGUCGUUGACCUUCUAGGAAUCGGAGUAGGACACAUCUACUACUUUCUGGAAGAUGUGUUUCCAAACCAGCCUGGAGGCAGGAAGCUGCUGAUGACACCAGAACUUCUUCGAACCGUGUUUGACACCCAAGAGGAAGACCCCAGCUACUUCCCACUCCCUGAGGAGCAGGCUGGAGAGUUUUGGCAGGACCAAGGUGGAGACGGAGGGGAGCCCAAUGACCAGGGGCAGUAGCAUGGGGACCAUCUAACCCCAUAUAAACCCAAGAUGUACUCCCAGCCCCACCGAAGAAACCAGGAGCCAUCCAGCUGUGGAUAGAGGGUUUACUCCUCAGAGGGAUGUGGAUGAAGAGCGCAGCAACGUACCAUCUGUACAGUUCAGUGUGUCCACUGGGAGCCACCGUAGUGAGUUUGUUGCAGACUUCUGUCACCGAGUGUUAUUAGAAAUGUCAAAUGCAAUCAGAGGCCAAUGAUCAUUGCAACCUUUCCAUCACCACAUGCAUUUCUGGCUGUGGUACUAAUGGCAAGCAACCAUUUGCCAUUUCAAACAGAAUCACACCUUUUAAAUACAGGUGCAAACAAAAUGAUUGCCUCGUCUUUGUUAUUGACCUGCUGCUCGACUCAUUCAUAAAUCUGCCGACUAUCUGGAAUCCUGUUACCGAGGGAACUUGCACCGUCUGCACUUUCCAACUAUUGCCUUUGUGGGUGAAGCACUGCUGCCAAAUAGAAAUGGCUUAGCACACCACCAACUGGGUUGUGCCGGGUGUUGUAAGCAUGAACAAAGCAUGCAAAACAGCCCACCAACUAUAAUAAGGUGGCAAACUUAUUUUUACUUCCUAAAUUAGUUUAAUAACCUUUCAUUUGGUUGUAUGGUCACUAAUAUAAUUUACAAAGACAUAACACUUAUCAAAAGCAAUCAAGAUCAUUUCACCUUUAUUUUUGUAAGAAUUAAUCAAAUGUACAAAAAGACAACAAAUAUAACAUAACAGAAUAUAUUGUC